AUCUGACUAGCCGCUGGACACUUGCAUCCUUUCUGUAGUCAUGUCAAGGUUAACUAUUAAAUAUUGUCGUUUGUAUCAACUGAGCUUGAGCUCCAGAUGGAAAUGUUACCAACAAAUCUCCAGACUGUCAACAAUGAGCAGUGGACUUAAUUCAAUAAGUGGUGGUAGGAGUGUUUCUUCAGCCAAUAUAUGUGGAAGACAUACACAGUGCUUUGAUAGGAUUCUAAACAAAAGAGACCUUCAUUUAAGCGCUCCGCUUGGAGAAGAAAAGGCACAUCACCUCAGAGAAAUAUCAGAGGCCGAGUAUGAGAGACUAGCAGAAGAGACGCUGGAUGCAUUAGCAGAUUAUUUUGAAGAUCUCACAGAUGAAAACUUCACUGGACUGGACUAUGACGUCGUCUUUUCUAAUGGAGUGCUGACAGUGAAAGUGGGCUCAGACCAUGGGACAUACGUUAUCAACAAGCAGACCCCCAACCGACAGAUAUGGCUCUCAUCGCCGACAAGUGGGCCAAAGCGUUACGAUUGGACGGGCGAGCGAUGGGUUUACACACACGACGCAGUGCCAUUGCAUAGUCUGCUCUCCAAAGAGUUGUCUAUCAUCUUCAAAACAAAUAUAGACCUGUCGCAUCUCAUCCAUUCAUGAUGAGGACAAUGUGAAGAACAGACACUGCUACUGAUCCUUUCCACACCUGUUUAUUCUUGGGAUUUCCUUGGUGAGCAUGUUAGUGUAUAUUUAGUGCUCAGGAAAUUUAUUGGAGAUUAUAUUUGUAUGCAGUUUCUUUUACAUGCAGAUCUAUAAAAAACACCAAGCAAAGUUUAGACCUUGGAUAAACGGUAGGUUUGAUUUAUUUGUCAAACUUGAAAAAACAGCCAAAAUCCUUUUUUGAGGGAACAAGCUACUUAUUUAAAAUAAGCUGAAUCAACACAAUUCUUGAGGUUUUUGGGGACAGUUGUUUUUUAAUUAAUAUAUUUAUUAUUUUCACAUCAACAAUUUACAGCAACAUUCACUGUAAAAGGGAUUAGUUACUUAAAUCGAGUUAACCAAAUGCCUUAAAAACAACAAGUUGACUUCACAAACAUAAUGUCAGUAAACUCAUUGCAACUUGGAGCUGUUAUGUUGACUUAAUUUUUAUAAUUAUGCCAAUUGUACUCACUUUUUAAAGUCAACAGUGUCAGGCAAUUUUAGCACAUCUAUUUUUAAAUAAUUACUGUAAUUAUAGUUUCUAUUGAAUUUAGAAGAUAUGCUGGAGUCUGAAAGAGCAGAUUUAUUUUAGUUACUGCAUGUAAUUUCACGUGAUACAGAAUAUACAAAUAUAAUGAAAGUGUAUUGGAAAAAAGUGACUUGUUUAUUUAUUUUUUAUUUUUUUAAAAGUGAGUACAAUUUGCAUGAUUAUAAAAAAUUAAGUCAACUUAACAGUUCUAAGUUACAAUGGGUCUACUUACUCAUUAUUUUUGUAAAGUCAACUUGUUGCUUUUAAGGCAAUUGGUUUACUCGCUUUAAGUAACUGAUCACUUUUUACAGUGUUUCGGUAUACAUGCAAACUUUUUGUGGACAACUUAAUUGUUUUUAUGUUCAGUCCACUUAAAUAAUCAAUUCAAUUAAGUUAAAUUAAUCAAUUUGUGUUGGGACAACCUGAAUAAAAUAUGUGGAAGCAUGCAUUUUUUUUUACAGUGUAUGCCAUAGGUCUCAAACUCAAUUCCUUGAGGGCCACAGCUCUGAACAGUUUGGCUGCUACCCUAUUCUAAGACAGCUGAUCAAGUAGAGUAGUCUUGAACACCUUGAUUAGUUGGAUCAGGUGUGUCUGAUUAGAGCUGGAGCAAAACUGCAGAGCUGCGGCCCUCCAGGAAUUGAGUUUGAGACCUAUGCAGUUCUAUAAAGUUCCUUGAUGUUAUCCCAACACAAAUCCAUUACGUUAACUUUAUAGUUUUUACAAAUUUAAGUAGAUUGCACAUAAAACAAUUGAGUUGUCUAAAAAAAAAAAAACAAAGUCAAGAAUUUUGUUGUUUCAGCUCAUUUUAAAUAAGUAGUUUAAACAAAAAGCAAAGAUAUUUUCUUGAUUGUAAGCUUGACCUACAAAUCGGCCAAAGAUUUUUAAAAAACGAAGCGUAGACCUCGGAUAAAUAGUCUCCAUCAAACUUGUGCACAAUUCUGAGCUUUAAAUGCACUCAGGACAGCAGAAAAGUGCUCUCAUGGUCAAAUCCCUGCGAAUGAACCUGGUUAGAUUAAAACCAGAUUAAAGAGAUCACAUUUAAUGGCUCUUAAAGCAGCCGAAUAAGACAAAUAGGCACAGAUUGUUUUUUGGAAGCUGUAUUUAUGCACCCCUGAACUAGAAAAGGAGUGGAUUAUGACGAACAGAUGGAGAAGUUCUUCCUCUAAAAGCCUCUGGACUUUAUUUAAGAAUUAUCUGUAAAUAAUGGCAUCGGCUCUCUGGUUAAAUUCCUCAGAGCUUUACUGCUGCCACCCUCAUAUGAUGUAAAAAUACCAACCAAAUUUAGCAGCAACCCACCCUUUUGUUAAAGCCGUGUCGUUAAUGCAUCAAAGUCGAUCAUUACGCCCCAGACGCCUAUUAAAGUAAUAGUCCAUAUAUCACAACAUUAAGUUGACACGCUGUCUAUGCAGAUGUUGAAAUAUGAGAUGGAUUGUACUCAGAUGAUGCAUUUGAUGUCUUUAUUCUGGUUGCAUGUGAUGGAGACAAUGGCACUUCUGAUAUUUUUGUCCAUUGAUGCACAUGUACAUGUAAUGGUAAAUAAAGCAGGAUGUCAUUUUA